CGAGGGCAGAGCCCGGCAGCGAGGCGGGGCCGGGAGCGGCGGGAUGCGGCUGCCGGAGCUGUGCCUGGCGCUCCUCUGCGCCACCGGCACGGGCACCGAACCCCCGCGAGCAGCCCGGGAGCGGCCGCCGGCUCCGGGAACAGCCGCGGGCCGUGCGGGGCCCGGAGCUGCCCCCGUGGAUCCCCGGCAGGCGUGGAUGCUGCUGGCCGGGAGCCCCGGGCCGGGAAGCGGCGAGCGGGGCCGCGGCCGGAGCGGGGCUCGCACGGCCCCAGCGGGCGCCGGCGCUCCGGAAAAACCAACCUCGGCUGCCCCGGCCUCCCCCAGGAUGCCGGAGGAGCUGCUGAGGGAGCUGCAGCUCCUGCUCAGAGGCAUGGCAAAGCUGUGCAGGACAGCUGGGGAAGGGCGCAAGGAGGAGGAAAGCAGCAAAGGCAGGCUCCGGGGCGGAGUCCAGCACCGUGUGGAAGCAGCCUUCCAUUGCCAAACGCGUGAAGACAUCACUGUGGAGCAGAAGAUGUGGCAGGAGCUGGGGUUGUUCUACAUUCCAGAGAGGGAGGGGAGGUUCCACCGUGGUCCGGGGCUGAACCUGACCAGUGGGCAGUACCAGGCCCCGAUUGCAGGGUACUACGCCUUCACCAGCACGCUGCACAUCGCACACAGGGAGCCGCAGAGGAAGGGCCAGGGAUGCCGAGGGAGCCGCCUGCGGGUGCUGAUCUGUGUGCAGUCCCGCUGCCAGCACAACAGCAAUCUGGAGACCGUAUCCCAGCUGGGGAACAGUGGGGACCUGUUCACCAUCUCUGUCACGGGCACCCUUUACCUGCAGUGCUGUUCUGCUGGGAGUGUGAAGAGGCACCACGCUGAACCUCUGCCAGCCACCAUGGUGUCUCCCCUGCUCAGCACCAAGCCUAAGGAAGAACAUUUGCUCAUGCAGGAAGCUGCAGUCUGGUCUGAUAUUGCUUGUGCUGCAGAACCAGCCAGAGAUGGACAAAAGAUCAUGAAGAAGAUGGUGAUAAUAAUAAAGCAGCCUGACUAGGACAUAAAUGCAUUCACUUUUAUCUAAAGGCUAGGCCUAAAAGUUUAUCUUGGAAAACACUACUGACAGUGGCAGCAGAUGGUUGCCUUGUCCCUAGGGCUCAGCUCCCACUGUGCCUGUAAGAAGCCCCACACAUCCACAAAAGCCCUUACUGGAAUUCCCUGCCCACACUUAGUCUCAGCAGCCCAAGCCAGAUUAUUAUCUAUCAUUAUCUAUUGCUUUAGCUGUCCUGCAGGCUAUGAGCAGUGAAGGUUUGCUGGCAGGAGCAGACAUCCUUUGCACUAAUCAUCAAAGCAAAGUCCCAAUAAUGCUGCACAUUCGAUUAAAGCAAAUUCUUGUCCUGUGACUCUCCACAGCAGGCACUCCCUGCCUGUGGCACAGGGCCCAGGCUGUGGACAGCAGAUACACUCUUUGCUCUGGCUGUGAUAGCUGCCUGAGCUGAGGAUGGGCACAGCCCUACGUGACCACGCCAGGGCUGCAGGAGAAGCACCAGGAAAGCCGAGCGUUUGAUUUCCUAGUAGCACUGCCUAAGUCGUGCCAGCAGCACUGCAAGAUAGCCUGAGCUGUACCCAGCCCCACCUUCUCCCAGGGAUGUCCCAGGCCCUGCCUGCCCAUCUCCAGGGCUGCAUCUCCUUGAGGAGCCUGCUGAAGGAGCUGUUAAUGCAGCAGUUUAUGGGUAGGGGUGUUUGGGUCUGGGGAGGAGGGGGAUGCUGACUCAAUGCUAACUUCUCCCAAAGCAAAGAGAACUUGUCUCUGAGAGCAAUGUUGUGCUUCACCCCCCCCUUCCCAUGCCUCAUCACCUGAGCUGAUCAGGUGGACAGCAGUCUCCUGGCACAGCUCCUGCCCAGCUGCAGAACUUGGCCAUGGUAGCACCUCCCAGUCCCCACACACAAUGAGCCUUGCUCUGAUCAGCUGCCUCCCUUCCUACUACCCACACCUAAGAAGGUAGAGAAGUGUCUGGAAGCAGGACUUGCCCAGCUGUGAGCUGUCCUGUGCAGGUGAGAUACCAAGAGUCCAGUGUGCUUGAUCACAAAACUGAAAAAGCUAAUUAAGACAGAGGUACUCAAAGGGUAAUUAAAGUAUGGGAAGGGGACAGAACCUCUGUCAGCCCCAAGGGAGAGAACUGCCUGCAGAGCACUUGUGCAUGGUUCACCUGUAAGAGACUAUCCCAAGAUUCCCUCAUUUGCCUCAGGACCAUCACAAGAACAGAGACUCUGAAGACCCCAGGGGACUUUUGUGCAGGGGUUCUGGCCUGGUUGAGGUAGAUGCUUGCUAAGUGACUGUUUGAAGGUGUGCUCCACCUACACACUUGUGAUUGUUUGCAGGUGUUUGCUGGGCUGCCUUGUUCCUGCUGCUGAGCAGGGACUGGGGAGGAGCAGCCUGUUCUGUACCUCACACCUGCUUCACAGAGCAAUGGGUCUUAUCACAAUGGCCUGUGAAACUCCCCUCUUGGCCAACUGCCCCUUGCUUUUGAAACAGACUAUAAAAGUGACUAAGUUACUUUCUCCGAGGGAAACAGAAGACUCUGUGUCAACAGUCGGCUGAAAGGACUUCGGCAUUGGUAGCUAUAAUCCCCCUUACUCUCUUUUUCCUAUACUUUGCUUUCUCUUCUUUUCCCUUUAUCACAUAUUAGUGCUGAUGAGCACUCAAUAAAGUGUGUUUUGCUGUUUGA